UUUCUGCCUCGUCGUCACAGGCGCACACAACUGAGCCAGUCACUAAAGAAAAUAGGAAAGAUGCUAAAAAUCUGCCUCAGCUCCUACAGCCUCACAUUUAACUGCUCAUUGUAACCUGUAGUUUGAGCUGUGUUGUUUCCAUCUGUGUUUUGGAUCAACAUGAGCAGCUUGUGUGUGUUGACAGUCAGUGGAGUGAGCUCGCUAAGUGCGCAGCAGCAACUGAGGCUCUUAUUAUCCUGGUAGCUAACGUUAGCUCCACAGCAGCUGCUGCUGCUGCUGCUGUGUGUGUGUGGCCAGCCAGCCCUGCCUGCAUUAUCCACCGGACAGCUUCUUUUUACUCAAGACACAGCAACAUGAAUCUGUUCCGUCUUGUGUGCCGCCACAAGACAGCCCUGGUUAUUGGAACAGUUUGCAGCUUUGCCAUAGUUCUUGUCUUCUUGGCCAAAUGUACCUCAGAAACCUUGAAGCAGGGACACCCAGGUCCCCCAGGCCAGGCUCCCCGUGCCAACGCUUUGCAAUCCCAUCCAGAGCAGCAUAAUCCUCCCUCUACAGUGAAAGACUCUGCAUUCCUUGUGGUCCUCAUCACAACUGGACCUAAGUACACAGAGCGGAGGAGUAUCAUCCGAAGCACCUGGCUUGCCAAGCGGGACUCUGAUGUUCUGGCCAUGUUUGUGGUGGGAACUCAGGGCCUUCCCAGCGAGGACCUUCAGAACCUUAACACAGAGCAAGGACGGCACAAAGACCUGCUCUUACUGCCUGACUUACGAGAUUCGUACGAGAACUUAACACUGAAGCUGAUCCACAUGUACUCCUGGCUGGACCAGAAUGUGGAGUUCAAGUUUGUUCUUAAAGCAGACGAUGAUACGUUUGCUCGCUUGGACCUGCUUAAAGAGGAGCUGAAGGGGAAAGAGCCCAGCCAGUUGUACUGGGGCUUCUUCUCAGGGAGGGGCCGAGUGAAAACAGCCGGCAAGUGGCGGGAAAGUGCUUGGGAGCUUUGUGACUACUACUUACCGUACGCACUGGGUGGGGGCUACAUCCUCUCAGCUGACCUGGUGCAUUAUGUACAUCUGAAUGCUGCUUACUUUAAGACGUGGCAGAGUGAAGAUGUGUCACUUGGCGCCUGGUUGGCACCAGUUGACGUUCGCCGGACACAUGACCCACGCUUUGACACGGAGUAUAAGUCACGUGGUUGCAACAACAAAUAUUUGGUGACGCAUAAGCAGAGCUUGGAGGACAUGUUGGAAAAACACCAGACUCUGCAGCGUGACGGCAGGCUUUGCAAAGAGGAAGUCAAGCUACGAUUGUCAUACGUCUAUGACUGGAGCGUGCCACCCUCACAGUGUUGCCAGAGGAAGGAUGGCAUCCCAUAGCUUUUGUCUUUUUACAUGGUAGAAACUGGUUUUUAAUUCAUGUCCUCUAAAUAUGUACAGAAGUAAGGGAUAGUGUCUGUGAAUCCAUGAUGUCAAAGAAGCCACAGAUGACUUUGUGUUCCUCAUAGUUACUGUGUGGUAGGGCAGUCACUUUUUAAUCCGAAAUUCAGAUAUUAAUUCAAACUUGGGAGGGAAAUUUCAAAGUCAGACCUUAAAAUCCUGUUUGAGUUUAAAAUAGACAUCCUAGAAGCCCAUCAGACCUUUUAAGGUAGCUGAAUGCCCCCUUGGCCCGUCAGAAAAAUAAGAAGAUGAGCAGACAAUCACGGCCAAGGCAUCUGGAAAACAGCAUGUGUAGGUAUUUUGAGUGCUGUAACAUAUAUAGCAAAGUAAUGAACAAAUCUGCCGACUGACCUGGUAGUUUAGCUGUUAGCUUCACCCAAGUGAAGCGGCGGAGGAAGCCUCACGGACAACUUUCCGUAAUAAUAAAUCAUGUCACGUUUGUGUAUGUGUGAGGGGAAGUAUUCAAAUAUGUAAAGCAUGUCAUGAAAUAUUAUUUCAAAAACAUGACAGCCUAAUGUAGAUUAACAGAGCCUGGGAUUGACGACCUCCUCUGCCACUGAUCCACGGCUGCCCCAUAUUGUGUCAUAAUGUUUCGUGUCAUAAUAAGCACCCGAGGGUGAAAAACGUGAUAAAUGCUAUGCUCGUUAUUGCCUUAGGUUUAGGUAAUUUGUCCUGUAAAUUGAGUGAUCAUUUUGGCAAAGAUGAAAACAGAAUAAGCAAGGCUUGAAGGGGACAAAAAAAUAUAUAUAAAAUAAGUGGUGUUGUUUUGUCUGAUACUGUUACAGUGUUCAAUCCAUUUUAAAAGCAUGAUGUCAAGUUAAAAACAGAAAACUUUCUUAGUCCCCUCAUACUGUAUCUUAAAAAGCUGCUUCAGUCAGAAAACAGGGCCGUUAAUUGCCACCAAUUAAGUGCCGCAUUUAGAAAACAACAAAAGAAAAAUAGAUUUUUUUUCUAUCAAAACUGUUUUUUGAGCUGGGUUUUACGUUGAUACAGGAAAAAACAACAGCCUCUAAAUCUCUCUCUAUUUUUCUGUAUUCAUAAACAUUCAUAAACUACAGACGCUUUGCAUGAAGUGUUAAAGAGGUCACAUUAGGAAGUCAAACAAACCAUCUAAUGUGUUCUCAAUACUAAAUGUGGUCCCUACUUUGAUGACAAGCACAAGUUCACAACUUAAAAUGGCACGUCACUGCCAAUAUGGACUGACUGAGAACUAUUAUCCCGUGACUCUUGGAUCAAAAACCAACUUCCUCCUUGUAAACUCCUUUGGCCUUGUUAUUCUAACCAAUGAUAAUGUCUCCUGCCUCCAGUUCACCACAGUGAUGGGUCUACUUCUCUCUACUGACUCCGCUUCUUCUGCUCUCCCUCUUACUCAAUAUAAAAAAAAAAAAAUAUAUGAAAUUGUAGUUGAUAGAAGUGGGAAAACACAUUUUGUUAAAAUCCUGCCAUGAUGUCUACAUUUGUUUGUGAAAGCAAAUUUCUUUUGUAUUUUAUUUAUUGUUAAUUUAUUUACACUGGUACAGAGAGAGAGAGGGUGUGAGCAAAGAUGUGUAUUUAAAAAUAAUGUCAGGGGGAAAAUCAUGUGUUAUUUACAUAAUACAUUUGUUCACAUAGAUGUUUACAGUACGCAAUGUAUGAGGUGUUUUGAUUUGCACGGAGUGUGUAAAGAGAAAACCACUGAAUGUGUUUUGUUCAGCGGGCCUUAGUCAUUGUAGCAGUUAGCCCCUAGGGGGCAACUCUGCUGGUUGCAAAUAUAAUGCGAUUUGAAUGGAAGUUAAUGUGAAAUUGAGCUUCUUUCUCAAAGAGUUAAUGGUUUCACCUCUUCUUCUAUAGAGCAUGAUGUCGCCUUUGUAAAUUGUGUUCAAAUUUAGACGGAAAUAGAUGACAAUGUGCGACAGAUAUGCUUGGACUCGGUGUGGUUGCAGGUGACGUCUGUGAACUGUGAAUUUUAAACGAACAUGGCACCGAUCGAAUCGCAAAUACAGGAGCGAGUUUUGCAACCAAAAGACGACGUCCACUUUUUAUUUACAGUCCUGUAAACAAUAUUUACAUUACCAAAGUAACACUCACACGCUUAU